AUGGCAGGACAAGAGGAUCUGGUGCAGCAGGAGAUUCAGUAGGACUGGGCGAACUGGGAGUACAUUGAGAUAAUCACCAGCAGCAUCAAGAAAAUUGCAGACUUUCUCAACUCGUUCAAUAUGUCUUGUUCAAGAUUUGCAACACUAAGGGAGAAAUUGACAGCCCUUGAACAGAGAAUAGAGUACACUGAAGCAUGGGUGACAAAAGGUGAGAUGCUUACCUAGAACAGUG